UUAACGAAGACGACGUACGAAACUCGCAUAUUAUAACUAAAAAAAAAAAAGCAAAGCACUCACUAUUUCUUCUCUCUGUCUAUGUGUUAUUUUUCUUUUCCAGAUCCAGAAUCUCUCUUCAUUUCCCCCUUCUGUAAUUUCAGAUCGUAUUCGGAUCUUGGCACAAUCGAGUUCGGGUCAAUCCAACUGAUUCCGACAGUGAAGUCCUGAUCGGAGUUCUUGGCUAUUGCUUCCCUUUGAUCUAAUUCCGGUGGAUCUGAAUUUUGAACUCAAAGCUAAAAUACGGACCCAAUCAUGAAUCCCUUCUCGUCCGGUACGCGUCUAAGGGACAUGAUUCGGGCAAUACGCGCUUGUAAAACAGCUGCAGAGGAACGUGCUGUUGUAAGAAAAGAGUGUGCUGCUAUUCGUGCUGCAAUUAAUGAAAAUGAUCAUGAUUAUAGACACCGUAACCUGGCAAAGCUCAUGUUUAUUCAUAUGCUUGGUUAUCCAACUCAUUUUGGUCAAAUGGAGUGCCUGAAGUUGAUCGCAUCAGCUGGAUUUCCGGAGAAGAGAAUAGGAUAUCUUGGCCUCAUGUUACUUCUUGAUGAAAGACAAGAAGUUCUUAUGUUGGUCACAAACUCAUUAAAACAAGAUCUCAACCACUCAAACCAGUAUAUUGUAGGACUUGCUCUUUGUGCUUUGGGGAAUAUAUGCUCAGCAGAAAUGGCCCGUGAUCUUGCUCCAGAAGUUGAAAGAUUGCUGCAAUUUCGGGAUCCGAAUGUUCGCAAAAAGGCAGCAUUGUGUUCCAUACGGAUUAUAAAAAAAGUCCCUGACUUGGCAGAAAAUUUCAUAAAUCCUGCUGCUGCCUUACUUAAAGAAAAACAUCAUGGAGCCUUAAUAACAGGCAUUCAACUUUGUAUAGAUCUAUGUAAAGUCAGUCCAGAAGCGCUUGAAUAUCUCAGAAAGAAAUGCACGGAUGGUUUGGUCAGGACUCUAAAAGAUGUUGUAAACAGUCCAUAUGCGCCUGAGUAUGACAUUGCUGGCAUUACAGACCCCUUUCUUCAUAUCAGAUUGCUCAGGCUUUUGCGGAUGUUAGGCCAAGGAGAUGCUGAUGCCAGUGAUGCAAUGAAUGAUAUACUUGCACAGGUGGCAACAAAAACCGAGUCAAAUAAAAAUGCAGGGAACGCUAUUUUAUAUGAAUGUGUUGAAACUAUCAUGAGCAUUGAAGACAAUGGUGGAUUGCGAGUGCUUGCUAUUAACAUACUGGGAAGAUUCUUGUCAAACCGUGACAAUAAUAUCAGAUAUGUUGCAUUAAACAUGCUGAUGAAGGCCAUUUCUGUUGAUGCUCAAGCAGUACAGAGGCAUCGGGCAACUAUAUUGGAAUGUGUUAAAGAUUCAGAUGCUUCAAUCCGUAAAAGAGCGCUUGAACUUGUUUACGUUUUAGUGAAUGAGAAUAACGUAAAGGCUUUGACAAAAGAGUUGAUUGAAUAUUUGGAAGUAAGUGAUCAGGAAUUUAAGGGGGAUCUUACAGCCAAAAUUUGCUCCAUUGUUGAAAAGUUCUCCCCUGAGAAAAUUUGGUACAUUGAUCAGAUGCUCAAGGUUCUUACUGAGGCUGGAAAUUUUGUGAAAGAUGAAGUAUGGCAUGCCCUUAUUGUUGUGGUAAGCAAUGCCUCUGAUCUUCAUGGAUAUACAGUCAGGGCUUUAUACAGAGCAUUUCAAACAUCAGCAGAACAGGAAACCCUUGUUCGAGUGGCGGUGUGGUGCAUUGGAGAAUAUGGUGACAUGUUGGUCAACAAUGUUGGGGUGCUUGACAUUGAGGAUCCUAUAACUGUAACAGAAUCUGAUGCUGUGGAUAUUCUUGAGCUUGCUAUAAAGCGUCAUGCAUCUGACCUCACUACUAAAUCAAUGGCUUUGAUUGCUUUAUUAAAGCUCUCUUCUCGCUUCCCAUCUUGUUCACAGAGGAUCAAGGAUGUGAUUGUUCAACAUAAAGGAAGCCUUGUGCUUGAAUUGCAGCAGAGAUCCCUAGAGUUCAAUUCUAUUAUUGAGAAGCACCAAACUAUUAGGUCUGCGCUGGUUGAGAGGAUGCCGGUCUUGGAUGAGGCUACUUUCAGUGGGAGGAGGGCUGGUUCUUUGCCAGCAACUGUUUCAACAUCCAGUGCAGCAUCUGUUAAACUUCCAAAUGGAGUUGCUAAGCCAUCAGCAGCUCCUCUUGUAGAUUUACUUGAUCUUUCAGAUGAUGCUCCAGCUCCUAGCUUGUCUGGUGGUGACUUCCUUCAUGAUCUAUUGGGUGUUGAUUUAGAACCGGCUUCAAUGCGACCAGGUGCAAACCAGACUCCAAAAGCCGGCACCGAUGUUCUGUUGGAUCUUUUGUCAAUAGGAUCACCUCCUGUGCAAAGCAGUUCGCCUACUGCUGACAUGUUAUUAUCUAGUCAAAAUAACCAAACACCCAUCAGUACAUUAGAUUCAGUAUUAUCAUCAUCACCAUCUUCACAAGUCAAUUCUUCUACCAGAGCUUCUCCCAUGAUGGAUUUGCUGGAUGGAUUUGGCCCUAGCCCAUCAAAACAAGAGGAUAAUGGCACAGCAUAUCCACCUAUAGUUGCAUUUGAGAGCAGCGACUUAAGAAUAACAUUCGUCUUCUCGAAGUCACCUGGAAACCCGCAAACCACAGUAAUCCAGGCAACAUUUGCAAAUUUGUCAUCUAAUACAUUUACAGAUUUUGUUUUCCAGGCAGCAGUUCCAAAGUUUCUACAGCUGCAUUUAGAUCCAGCUAGCAGCAAUACGUUACCUGCAAGUGGUAAUGGUUCAGUCACACAAAACUUGAGAGUAACUAACAGCCAACAUGGGAAGAAAUCACUUGUUAUGCGCAUAAGGAUCGCUUACAAGAUGAACAACAAAGAUAUGUUGGAAGUAGGACAAAUUAAUAAUUUCCCACCGGGUUUGUGAAGUAAUCGAGAAGAUGCUACCGUGUAUGAGCUCCAAGUUUUUUCCUCUGAGAAGCUCUUCCUUCUGUUUGUAGUGAUAGUAAAAAACGUCUUGUUUCAAUUCUUCUACUCGAGGGCAGUUCUGUAGCAGUUAAAUCGAUCUCGAGUUUGGGAUGCGUCCGACUGUCUCACACUUCCAAUUUUUUUCCCGUUCUACUUGGGUGAUUUGUGUACAAUAUUGCAGAAAUUUCUGUACGGAAUUGUCAGAAUUAAAUUUUGCCUUGCAAGACGCAUAGCGAAAGCCUUCAGUAUGAACUUUUUGAGUUGCUGUGUAGUGGUUUGUGUAGUGGUUUUAAACUCUCAAGUCUUCUGAAGUUUCAGAUUUUGUUACUUCCAAUUUCUAAUACUUGUCUCUGUAAAUGUAUUUUGAGUUAUUCAGUUAAACAUUUAUAAUCGAA